CCCACCGGCGCUCUAAAAAUAAUACCAAUAAUGCAGACAAAACUCAGCCCCAUGACUUCUCUCCUUCUUUUUAUCUUUCUCACUUCUCUCACUGUUUGGUCGGCCAGUGAUCAAAACCCCUUGUCCCAGAAGUCCUAUCUGAUUCGGUAUUGGAACAAACAGACCGGAAACAGCCACACCAAGCCAGUGUUUCUCCUAUCCAAAGCGUCCCCACUAAGCACAGUUGAGUCAGCCAGUUUCUCCAAACUCGCCACCACCCACAACUAUAGCGCUCUCUCCUCUCGCUUCUCAGCCUUUUGUGCGUCCGCCAACCUCCUCUGCUUCCCUGAUUCUUCAUUACUGACUCACACAGACGUCGCUGGCUGUAGUUUCAGUUACAGCUGUAGUUUCAAGUACAACUACGACAAGAGAUCCCAUACAACUGGUAUAUUCUUUCGGGAGUCGAUGUUAAAGAAAGGGACGGUGAUGCCAAUGCCGGACAUUCAAGAUAAAUUGCCAGAAAGGUCCUUUUUGCCGCGCUCCAUUUCGUCCAAACUGCCGUUUUCUACAUCAGAGGUUGUUUCCGUACCUAGUAUAUACCUGCCAUUCAGUUCCAAAGGUUCGAGUCUACGAAGCGGAUAUACUGGAUCCGAAUUCGAAGGCUAAGAUCAAUGAUGGUGUUGCCAUUUGUCACAUGAACACCUCGAGUUGGAACCCGAAUCAUGAAGCUUUCUUGGAGCUAGGGUCAAGUCCGGGUAGGAUCGAGGUUUGCCAUUGGAUUUUUGAGAAUGAUCUGACUUGGACAGUUGCUGACUAACCGUUAGCACACCAUGGUGAAACAUCCUCGCUAGAGCUUCACUAGAGGAUUGCAGGUCUUGAUUCAACACAUAUAUGUAUCAUGAAGCUAAUAAAUGUGUUGAUAUUUUGUGUAUUUUAAACUUGCCCUUCAUCUGAUAUUUUGUGUAUUUAUGGGAAGUCUAAGGAAUAGUUAUUCCUAGACUAGUUUAAUUAUGUAUUAAGCUUGUAAUAUAUAUAUAUAUAUAUAUAUAUAUGAACUUUCUCUUCUAAUUUUAAUUUAUGUGUAUAAAUGGGAAGUCUAAGGAGUACUAGUUACUCCUAGACUAGUUUAAUUAUGUUUUAAGCUUGUAAUGUAAUAUAUGGACUUUCUCUAUUAAUUUAUGUGUAUUUAGGGGAA